UUGACUAAUUCUUGGAUUCUGUAGUCAUAGGUCAUUCAUGAAAAUGAAGCUGCUUGACUUCCCCAUUCCCAAGCUGGACGUCACCCUGGGCGAGGCCAGCCGUGUGCUGCAGCUCACCCUGGAUCCCCAGCAGUACUCAGACUAUGAGAGUACCCUUUCCCACCAGAAGGGGGUGCUGCAAGACAAUCAUGGCCGCUUGGCUGCCGCUGCGUCCGGACACGAGAACUGGGUGACCGACCAGUUCAAGAGCCGUCUGCUGUCUUGCCGUGAACCCCUGCCCACCUCCACCGCCAUCCCUGCUGUCUUGGCCCCCUCCAGAUCUCAGCGGACCGGUGUCCCAGUUGAGCGCGCAGCAGCUCUCCUCUGGGCGGCGGCCAGGCUCUGCACUGAGCCGCAGCUGGUGGAGGGUGAAGCUCCCACAGAGAGGACACAGCAGUCGGAGGUCUUCUCUGCCAGCCGCCUCCCUGGUAAAAAUCUGGACCAGAUUCAGGUUUUCCCGGACAGCCUUCACGCCAUCCUGAUCUGCCACGGAGGGAUAUUCCCAGUGCAGAUCCUGUGCCGUCCGCAUCCUGGGCUGCCCCCACGCCCGCUACCUUUCCUCGACAUCUACAGCCAGGUGGCAGAGGCUGCCAGUCGGCCCCAAGCAGCUGAGGAACAGGACCCUGCCAUCAUCUGCAGCUUCUCCACCCUCCCACGCCAGGACUGGCAUGCCCUGAGGCGGCGCAUCCUGGACAGUGGGGGAGAAGCGGUUGUCUCACUUGGGCUGAUGGAAAGUGCCGUGGUGGCCCUGACCCUGGACAACUCCCCACCUCCGCCUGAUCUGGCCGGAACCCUCAACAAACUGAGACUCGGGGGAGAUGAUGGAUGUUGCCUGCGAUACUAUGACAAGGUGAUGAAUAUAGUGGUUUUCCAGGACAGCACAGCAGGUGUGGUGUUUGAGCACAGUGCCGUGGACGGCAUGGUCGCCAGCUUGGUGACAGAGAGCGUGUGGCACCUUUCUGAGUCACUUCAAUUAAGCCAGCUUCUGCCGGAGGCUGGAGUCAGCCCUCAGAACAUCUUGAGUACCGGCAAGUCCUUAUCUCUUCAUCCAUUGUCCUUCCCGCUACAGGCCAUAAGGCAGCAAGGCACCCCCACCCCCCCAUCACUUCUUCAGGCCUCCCAUCCUAUCAUGACCUUUGAGGUUCCAUCUUACCCAGAUAUCUUCAGCACCCUGAGAGCUCACAGGGCCUUGUUCGAUGCAUGGGUCAACUUCUCCUUACAGCUUGCCCUUUGGCAGACUCUCGGGGAUUCUGCUGAGAGACACAUCCUGGUCACGCCCACCCAUAUGCGUCACUAUAAGCAUGGCCGGUGUGAUCCCACAUUCACCUCGACUGUGCAGUCCCGCCAGCUACUGAAGGCCUUAAUGUCCUGCACUGGGCCCAGAAACACCCUACAGCACACCAAAGACCUCUUGCGCCUCUUUCAUCAAGCAUUCCAGGAGCACAAGCUCCUCAUCAAAAACACAAAAAGUGGUCAGGGUGUAGGUCCUCAUUUGGCUGCCCUACGCUUGGCUUUAUCUCAGGACAACCCUCUUAAAAAGUUCCUAGAUCCCUUUGGCUGUCCCUCGGUCUACCUCACAGGCAAAGAUUUGAUGGAAGGGGUGGACUGCGCUGUGGGGAAUGUAUAUGCGCAGGACCAGCUGGCUGUCACCUACCUUGGAAGAAGAGACCGGGUUCGCAUGGUCCUUAGUGGGAAAGGUAGUUUUGCUAAUGUUUUGGGUCGACUUCAGGAGAACCUUAAAAUCACUCUUAAGCUGAUAAUGCUGUUGGCCCUGAGGUACGCUAUCGCAGCUCAAAUGGGGGCACUGGAAUGCUGGUUGCAAGAUCAAGAUCAUAUGACAGAGAAGGAAAAUCCAGUCACUGUAGCAGGAGGUUUCAAUCAGCAGAAAGCUUCUUCUGGUUUGACUCCGGAUACGAAAUCAGAUUUCACGCUGCUGAUCCAUGGUGGAGCUGGGGAGGACAUGAUGUUGAAGCAGAAUGAGAUAAAUAUGAUUGAGUUCUCACUGCAGUCAGCCCUAAUGCUGGGGGAACGGGAGUUAGCAGCCGGAGGAAGCAGCCUCAAUGCAGUUGAGAGAUGCGUGUCUGCACUUGAGGACUGCUUCUUCUUCAAUGCUGGCAAGGGUUCAGUGUUCAACAGGGAAGGGAGGAACGAAAUGGAGGCAACUAUCGUAGAUGGCAGCGAAGUGAAUUCUGGGUCUGUGGCUUGUCUGAAAACAGUGAAAAACCCAGUCAAAGCAGCAAGGAAGGUCAUGGAGAAGAGCCCCCAUGGACUCCUGGUUGGAGAUGGUGCCGAAGCAUUCCUGCAGGGCCUGGAUGUCAAGGAGAAGCCAAUGGGGCCUGAAUACUUUCGCACCGAUGUGCGGCACAAAGAGCUGAAGAUGAAACUCAUGGAUAGAGGUACCUCAAAAAACAACCACCCCCAAACAGUAGGAGCCGUCGCUUUGGAUCGGCAUGGAAAGCUGGCUGCAGCAACGUCCACCGGCGGGUUAGUGGGAAAGUGGGAGGGACGAAUUGGAGACACGGCAGUGGUGGGUGCUGGGAUUUUUGCUGAUGCAAAGCUGGCAGUGACCUGCUCUGGAGAUGGGGACGUGUUUCUGAGAUGGACUGUAGCACACAAAAUAGCUAGUCUCUACCACCAUAAAGGCCACAGUCUCCAGGAAGCCUGUAGGGAGGUGAUUUCUGAAGACCUGAAGGGGUCCUGUGCAGGAAUAAUAGCUGUUGAUGCUCGUGGUGAUGCUGUGAUAGAAUGUAAUGCAGGGAUGAUGUUUGUUGGAUCUAUAAUAAGGGGCACUGCAUGUGCUGAAGUCUUAAGACCCUUAAAAACGUAUUCUAAUGUAAUCUGGGAGACAGAUAAACUAGUAGCCUACUUACACUCUGAACCAUGGACCCCAGGAGCAACAAUACUUACUCAAAAGAACCCAAACAUGCCCAACAGUAUCUUUCAUCUUCCAGAGCAAGAGUUCCUAGAGCUAUUUCUGGGGGCGAAGACAGUCUCCAAUCUUCUCUGUGAACAACUAGAGGUACAGCGUUGUGCUCUAGUGUUCAAGCCACAACCGGAGCAAGCAGCUCACAUCCGGCUGUUGCCACUGCAUGGACUGGAAUCAAACUGGAAGCCUCACCUUGCUGAAGAAAUGAACUUCCAAUAUUAUGACCCUGGUUACUGUACUUCUAAGAGUGGUCCACUUUGUGAGGAUGCAGAACUAAAGAAAGUCCAAACUAAAAUUAGAUCAUAUCUUUCGACACCUGAUACACCACCUAGCUAUACAUUUCUUGGAGACCCCUCCCACAAUAACCUCUUCUCCCGCAUAGUGCGUGGGGAGGAGAAGCAGUGGAGAGUGUGGGAAAGCAGUGAGCAUGUGGCUUUCCUCACACCAUUUCCCAGUGCUCCAGGUUUUACCGUUCUUGUGCCACGUCAACCACUACCAAGCAAUAUCUUUUGCUUGGAGGAAGAUGACUACAAGGCUUUGGUCCUGGCCUCCCGUGAAGUAGCCCAUCUGCUGGAAAAGGCCAUGGGUGCCCAUGGUGUGGCGCUAAUCUUUGAAGGCUAUGAGAUUGAUUACGCCCAUGCAAAAUUGAUUCCAUUACUUUGUCCACCUGGACAAUAUCCUUUAAGCAACAUCCCCCAGUUUUGCUCCACCUACCAGGGGUAUGUGACUUCUGCUGAUGGCCCGCUGGCUUCUCCUGAGAGUCUGAAAGAGAUCCAAUCAAAAGUCACACGCUGCAAACCACCUCAGUCUUGGAAGGACCCUGAAAAACACGCUGAUCUAGCUGUCAGAAGCCAGUGGUACCGCCAGCUCUUUAAAAUCCAGGAUACUCUUUUUCAUUCUACUGUGGAGUUCUUUCACAACAUCUGCAGGUAUGCAUACGCUCUGACUCCCGUCACCACUGACACCAUCUCCUCACCCAUGGGCCUAGGAUCUGACUCUGAGCCAGUUUAUGUAAACAUGUUUGGGCAGGAUGUCUAUCUAGCAGACUCCAUGCAGUUCAUCCUUGAGUAUUUCCUGCGCUUUCAGGAAGGCCUGCGAGGCACCUAUUACAUGUCACCCAGUUUCCGUGGGGAAGAUCCUGACGCUACACACCUGAACCAGUUCUAUCACGUGGAAUGUGAGCUUCUGGGAGACGUGGAAAAGGCUAUGCAUGUAGCUGAAAGCUAUGUAGCCCACCUCACGCGCACAAUGCUGAAAAAGCACUCUGGCGUUAUCUUGGCGUGUGCCGGGACACUCUCCCAUGCUCAAAGUCUGCUGAAAAGCUUAGAUGGACAGCAGCACCUACCAAGGGUCACACUGGAGCAGGCCUUGCCUGUGAUGCCUUCUGAGGAUUGUUUUGAAUGGGUGCAGGAUGGGCAACCCCAGUUUGGGAGGAAACUGACGCGUAAAGGGGAGCAAGCCCUGAUCAGGAAGUAUGGGGGAGCGGUUUGGCUGACGGAAAUGGAUCACCUCGGGGUGCCUUUCUACCAGGCGUAUGUCGAGGGAUCGGGGAAGCAAAAAGCCAAAGCAGCAGACCUUCUCCUGGGUCUGGGAGAGACCAUCGGCCUGGGGGAGAGGCACUCCACCCCUGAGAUGGUGCAAGAGGCCUUGAGGCACCAUGCAGUGCCAGAAGAAUCUUACAAAUGGUACAUUAAGAUGCGUCAGAUGAAGACCCUACUCAGCAGUGGCUGGGGCAUGGGCACCGAGCGAUACCUGUGCUGGCUGCUCCAGCACGAUGACGUCAGAGACAUGCACAUCAUACCUCGUCUGAAGGCCAAGAAGUACAUGCCGUGAAAUGCUAAGUGCCCCACUCCUUCUAUAUUAAAAGGUUCAGACAUUAAGAUGCUAGAGAAAGUAAAACCUGGCUGACAGUAUAAAUGGCAGAUUCUUAAAAAAAAAAAAAGUACUCAAGUCAAGUAAGGUAUAAAUUAUAUUCAGCCAUCAAUGAUGAACACCAGAACUAAUUAAGCAGCAAUUAAAGAGUCAGACCCACCCACUACACAUACAACCAGAAACUAAACCCAACUGCUUAAUGUACAUUUCUAUCAGCAUUCAAAUUUCAUGAACAACAUGCCAUGAAAUGGGGCCACAGAUACAAACAGCUGGAGUUCAGCAAGUUCGAUUCACAUUAACAGCAGUUGUUAUGUAAUUGUGUGUGUUAAUCUAACUCAAUCAAUACAACUGCUCCUUCUAACUUUGACAAUGAUUAUUAAUAAAGAAACAUUUACAGGA